AUGGCCAGCAAGCAGUUGACUCUUCUGAUUUUAUGGCUUUUGAUCGCGUCCAGCUGCCAGCUGAUCCUGGCCCAGACCGAGCCGGAUGCCCAGCAGCUGCAAGCACUUCGGCCUCGGGGUCGUAUACGCAUUGCGGACAUGCAAAUGCCGCAACCGCCGCUGCCCCCACCUCCGCCCAUGCUCGGACCCAUUAGCUGGCCCAGCUAUGAUGCAGUUGCGCCCAUGCCUGCCAGCUCCACGGUACACACGCUCAUUCCGCUGCUGCGUGAAGAGCAGCUCGACAACAAUGCUGCAAUCCCGGCCAUGCCAAGUGAGGCUGUGGUGUACGGUAACUGGAAACCGGAUCAUCAACCACUUCGACCCAGCGAUGAGGAUGCGCAGCCCAAGCAACGCGUCUACGGACGCCUCGAAGCCAUGCUAAUGGGCUUGCCAGCGGAUGCAAACGACAGGCGGGAUUCAUCCAGUGAGGAACAUUCAUCGGAAACGGAGAGACGCACUGCAUCUGGUGGCUAUCAGAACCCCUUCACGCGUCGCGACAGCUUCGAGCAUUCCCAGGAGUCACGCGCUCGCUGGCGCAUACUGCCUGCAAAUAUCCAAGCGCAACCAUCCCAAGCACCGAUCGAAGUGGUGCACAUGAAUGCGUCGGAUCCAUUGAUGCGGGCCAUGGCCAAACAGAUCAACGAGUCCAUUGAGGCAACCACAGCGCAUCGACAGACCACAGAGGACAGCUGGAUGCCGCUGCCCUAUCCGUAUCCUACGCCCAGCUACGAGAGCACGCAGCCAGUGCCAAGAGUGAUGUCUAAGGUAAGCAGCACACCAGCGCCAACGCUUAGCUCUGGCCAUGCCACGGAGUUCACUACAGUGGCGCUCAAUUGGCCCACUGACUUUCUGGACGCCGCCUCGAGCAGCACGGAGCGCAUUUACACAGAUGCCAGCAGCGGCAGCAUCGAUCGCAUCGACCAUGUCGACAGCAUUGAUCGCAUUGACGAGGAUGUGGACGACUAUAAAUACUACGAGGAGAGCUUAAACUCCGCCCAAAUGCACAGCGAGCUGAGCGUGCCGGACACCCUGCUGCCUAAGUUACCACUCAACAUAACACGCGUGGGCAUUCCCUACGAGGAGCGCAACUCAGCCGAGGAACCGAAAAUUUGUGUGCCCCUAACAGUCUCCGAGACGGCCGCGGAAAGCAGCACAGCGCUCCUGGUGGAGGUCGAGCGCGUCUAUUGCUUUCCCUUGCCCAAUGUUCAGAUUAAAACGGGCAACAUACGGCAGCAACAGCUGCCGCAGCCAACGCAGCACGAACAAGAGCACGAGGCAGGUGUCACAUCUAUGACCACGGAGGAGCAGCCGCAACCAGCGCUAACUGCGGCUGCAGGUCGUCAGAGCCACUUGACGCUGCUCCUCAUAAUCAUCUGGAGCAGCCUCUUGGCUUAUUUAUAG